UCUGCCAUAAACAAACGAAAUUGAAGGAUAUCAACAUUUGGAUACAAAAAACAUGGCAAAGAGCGACUCGGAGAUUGAUCUGGAGAGGGGUACUACUUCUCCAGGCAGAAGCAAUAGCAGCACAACCGACAAUCUAAAGACGACAAGAUCAUUGCCUAGCAUGGGUACGACAAGUUCAGUCUCAAGUGGUGAACACAUGAACAUUGAACUUCAGAAAGCUGCUACAGAGGACGUGGAUAAAUUCAAAAAGCUCCUUGACGAACUUUCACAGAAGCGGGAGCAAACUAUGCCAUCAAUUUUUGAGACUGUGAGUCCAUUUCACAACACAUUGCUUCAUAUAGCUUCAUUCCAUGGUAGUAAAAACAUUGUAGAACUAAUAGCUCUAUGGUCUCCACCGACGCUUAAGAAGACAAACUUAAGAGGUGAAACGGCUCUUCAUACUGCUGCAAAAGAAGGAAAGUCAGACAUUGUGUUAAGUCUAAUUAAACUACAAAAGGAGUCUGCAUCUUCCGAUGAUGAUGAAGAUCAGAAUUUGUUUAAAAUGAGUAAUGUGGAUGGGAACACAGCUUUGCAGGAGGCGUUGAUAAAUGGACACCACGGUAAGUGGGAAGGUAAGUUUCCUCUGUAUCUAGCUGCAGAAGGUGGGUACUCUGAAUGUGUUAAAGCUAUGAUAGAGUCAGAAGCAUAUAAGACACAUACUUGGCCUUGUCAGAAUAGUAAUACCAAUGAUGAAGCAACCAAACAAGAUGGAGUGCUACAAUUGAAGUUACCCAUACAUGCAGCUGUAGUUCAUGCUGCUAACAAAAAUAAUUCGGAUCUCCUGAAAUAUAUGUUGAAUAAGGAUUCAAAGUUCAUCGAUUUAAGAGAUGAAUAUGGGAGAAGUGCACUUCACAUUGCAGCAGCUCGAGGUUAUGUUGAAGGUGUCAAAUGCUUCCUAAGGAGAGAUCCUCAAGCUGCUUUUCAAAGGGACAAUGAUGGAUUCUUUCCAGUUCAUUUUGCAGCUGCAAGAGAUCAUGUUGACGUGAUUAAAGAGCUCCGACCCCAUCGCCUACAUCUUGCAGAGAUGCUUAGCCAUAAUUACCAGAACAUUCUACAUUCUGCUACAAAGAAUGCUUGCUCCAAUGUAGUUUCAUAUGUUCUUAAAACUGAAGAGUUGGAGAAGCAAAUAAACCAGAAAGACAAGGAUGGAAAUACACCCCUGCACUUGACCGCCAUCUUUUGUGAUGCAUUAUGCACUGGACAGCACUCGAUGCUUGCAAAUAUCUCAACGAGCGAUUUUUCUUUCAGGUAUCGGCGAAUAAAACUAUACUACCGAUAUUAUCAAACCCCAUUUCUCUUAGAAGUUCAUGCCCUGAUAACUGUUGUUCAACAAAUAUUUGUUACACUACUUAGUUAUUCACUUGGUAUGUUGCAGCGCUCGACAGUAAUGGUACUAAAGAAGUCUGGAGUUAAACCAUCUCCAACUGGGAAGCCAAUUGACAAAGAAGCAAACAGUACUAACAAAGAUGAGGACAAAUUUAAGGACAUAUCAAAUGCACCCCUAGUGGCUGCAACGCUAGUCGCCACUGUGACAUUCGCAGCAGGUUUCACAGUGCCUGGAGGUUACAAUGACUCUAGUGAUGAACAGGGUAUUGCUACUAUGUUGAGACAAGCCACUUUCCACGCAUUCCUCGUCUGCGACACAGUAGCCAUGUUUAGCUCCAUCAUUGCUGCAGUGAUCUUCACUUGGGCGCAAUUAGGUGGGGAACAUUUGGUGUCUUUUGCUUAUCAAUUAGCAUUGCCAUCGCUGGCUCUCGCAUUAAAUAUGAUGUCCUUUGCCUAUAUUUUUGGUAUAUAUGUGGUGGUAAGUAAACUAAAUUGGCUUGCCAAACUUUUUUUGGGUAUGGGUUUGUGCUUUCAGUCUAUUAUCGCGCAGUCAUUCCUUCUAUUGUGCUUCCUGUUCAUUGCAGACUGGAGUCUCAUCGUACUCCUUAAGAUUUGUAAUUGGGUUGCCUCGAUAAUUAUAUGCAUUCACCGACUCUGGUCGAUGAUGUUGAUGUUUGUAGAGGUUGUGAAUGUCUUAUGUUUCGAACUCAGAUUGUGUAGUUGUAAGAUAGAUGAUAUUUAG